CGCAGAGUCUGUAAACAAUGAUUUCACUUCGGUACAGUAUUUUUGAAAAACACAAACCCUUUCAUUGUAAAAGCUAUAGAAAAUAAAAAAAAAUAUUAACAAUUCACACUUUGGGUAUUUUAAAUAUAAGGUGCUGCAUGUUAACCCGAUAUAGUCCAGAACUAAUAUGCUGUAUUUAAGUCGGUGCCACAUCGUUAUUUUUUAAAUUUACUUAGACGAGAGCUGAAACAGGAUUCGAGUCGGCUUCCCUCCCAAAGUUGUUGCAGUACUGAAUUCAAAUGAAACUGGCAAGGUUUUGAGGAGUGGUGGACCGCUGGAGUGCGUGCAUUAUUUUUUCUAAAUACGAACGAGGGUUUUCCUGUGUGAAAUCAUAGGAGAGAGGUGGAUGGGAGCAGCUGCUAGUGAUAUAAACCUAUUGAAACAGACACUCAGUGUUCACCUCUGCCAGUGGCAUCGACUGGAAAUGGAGGCGUUUUUGGGAGGAAUACAUGACCAAGUGGGCAGGAGCUCCCUGACCUCCUGUCAAGCCGAGCUGCAGGAGCUCAUGAAGCAGAUCGACAUCAUGGUGGCUCACAAGAGGAGUGAAUGGGAGGCGCAGAGCCAGGCAGUGCAGGCCAGGCUGCAGGCUCGAGAGGAGGAGCUCCACACAGCCCGGGACCUGCUGGAGCACAGGCACAAGGAGGUAGGAAUGCUGCGGCACCAGGUGGAGGAGAUGCAGGAGAUGAAGCAGGAGCUUGUGUCAAAGUAUGAGGAACAGCUGCAGGGAAUGAAGGAGGAGCUGGCCAGGCUGAAGAGGAGCUAUGAGAAGCUGCAACGCAGACAGCUGAAGGAGGAGAGGGAGGGAGCCAGGAGCAGGGAGGAGGACCAAUCUGAAGUGAGCCGGCUCAACCGCAAGCUCGAGGAGUUCCGUGUGAAGUCUCUGGACUGGGAGCAGCAGCGAGCGCAGUACCAGGAGCAGGCGGCCCAGCUAGAGGCUCAGAGGAAGACCCUGGCUGAGCAGUACAAGCUCAUACAGGAACACAGUGAGCUGGCCAGCCUGUCGGAGGUGCAGAGUCUGUGGAGCCAGCUGGAGAGAACCCAGGACACCGCACAGUUCCGGGAGCUGGAGAUAGAGAGGCUGAGGCUGGGGCUGAGGCUGGGACUGGGGCUGGGGCUGGGGGAGCCAGGGCACUGCAGCCCAGGGAUGCUGAAAGAGGACAAAACUGAGCUCACUCAGGACUGGCUUGUCCAUGGCCCUGGAGCCCAGCAGGAGCAGCAGCAGCAGGGUCUGUGCUCUGAACUGGCCAGACUGAGGGAGGCCCUGCAGGACAAAGAGCAGCUCAUCAGGUCUCUGCAGUGCAGUGUGAGUGAGCAGGGUGGUGCACAGCUGGAGCGCGCUCUCGUUCAGAUCCAGACCAGCCGCUGCAGUAGGAGGAGUCUGCAGGCUGAGGUGGGCCGGCUUCAGGACAGCCUUGAGAAGACCCAGAGCCGGUGUGUGGAGCUGAGCACAGAGCUGAGCCGGAGGCAGCAGGAACUGAGGCAGGGAGAGGAGGAAAGGAACCACUGCCAGGGGGAGCUUAAGAAGCAGUGGGAGGCGCUGCAGCAAGCAGAGCAGACUCAUCGUUUGGAGGUAGAGGGGAUGAAGAGGGAGAUCACACAGCUGACCACUGAGCUGCACCAGAGAGACAUUACCAUAGCAACACUCAGCAGCUCCGCUUCCCACCUGGAGAGACAGCUACGCAGUGAGGUAGAGCAGGGGGAGAGAAGGGCAGCGGAGCUCAAGCAUAGAGAAAGCUCCCUGGCAGAGCUGCGGCAGAGCUACGUGUCCUCUUUCAGUGAGCUGCAGGAGGAGAACCAGCAUCUGAGGAGGGAGCUGGCAGCAGCGAGGGCCAGGCUGGAGAUGAGCACGCAUGCUAGGCAGGGCAGGAAUGGGCAGCAGGAGGAAGUGCAGGCCCUGCAAGCGAGGCACCAUUUAGAGGAGCUGAGCCAGCAGACUGCUCCCCCCGCAGCUCCCUGCUCCCUCAGCAGCAGAAGCAGCUCUCAAGACUCCCUCUCCUCCAGUUGCAUGAGCGCCCCUGCUGACUCCUCUGACAGCACCUCCGUGGAGUCAGUGAGGCUGCCUCUGGCCCCUCUCCCUGCCUCCCCGGCUGACACCGUGGCAACGCGCUUCCUACAGGAAGAGGACCGGCGUUCCCAGGAGUUGUUGCAGCGUCUCGACGCACACGUCCAGGAUCUGAGAGCAGAGAGCCAGGAGACAGUGCAAAAAUACCAGGAUGAGGGGGCACCUUCCUCCCCAUAGACACCUGCACACACCCCCCCUGACAGACAUCCAGGAACUGAGAGCAGAGCUACACCUAAAGCAAGAAUGAAGAGAUCCUCCACGCAACAAUAUGGGCGCUGGUGAUUGUCUCUACUUCUAUUAAUGGGUAUUAUAGUAAAAUGUAAUUGUUUUCUACAUUCAUUUCAGUAUUGUCGUAGUUUUCAGAUUAUGUUAAUACAAGGAAGGGAGAAUUAUUUGAUAUAAGUAGCUUUUCAUUUAUAUUUGUAGUUUCCAGGGUCUAACUGUGGAUAGAUGUAAUAAAAUGUUGUAAAAACAGCACCAUUUUGUUUAUUUAUAUUAUGUAUUGAUAUGGAUUCAUUUGUGUGUAAACAUGUUAUUGUCGCCUGUUUUCUAUAUACUGUUACUAAACUGCUCAGUAAAUAUAUAAAAAUAGUAAACUGCUUUUCCAAUUGCUGUUACCCUCUUGCACUGGAAUACAGAAAGCUGCCAGAAGUGCGUCACAGUGAGAUAUUUUCAAGGGGCAAUGGUUACAUUUUGUACUUUAUCGCAUGGAGAAAAUACUAAUAAAAAAAUGAAAUACAUGGUUACCUUGGACCACGUUUCCGCUGUCGUA